AUAACAGGUCGCGUCGUUCGUAACGUCCUUCAAACGUUCCUAUCGAUUCCGAGAGUACACGGAAAGACGUAUAAUACGAAGUUCAGCAUCGAAACAUGCUAGUUCAUCGGUAACGGUGCUUGACCGAUUGUCGUUCAGUGACUGUCGUUCAGUAACGUUCGUUGCUGUCGAAUAAAGUUACCACCACGCGUUUUCUUUUUUUUUUUUUUCUUUCUUUUCAAUUCGACAGUAUUUUAAGUUCGAUUUUCAAAGAAAAAGCAGAAAAUGUCAGAUAACGAGACUAAAUCGCGGUGUCACUCACGUCAAAAUUGUGUCGUGCAACCACUCUUAACAGACUUAUAUCAAAUUACAAUGGCAUAUGCUUAUUGGAAAAGUGGAAAAAUGAAUGACCAUGCUGUGUUUGAUUUAUAUUUUCGUAAAAAUCCUUUUCAAGGAGAAUUUACAAUCUUUGCUGGACUAGAAGAAUGUAUUAAAUUUCUGGAAAAAUUUCGUUAUUCUUCUAGUGAUAUUAAAUAUUUGAAAUCAACAUUGCCAUCAUCAGUUGAUCAAAGGUUUUUUGAGUAUUUGAAAGACCUUACCCCAAAAGAUGUCACAAUAUAUGCUAUGGAAGAAGGUUCAGUUGUUUUCCCAAGAAUACCAUUACUAAGAGUAGAAGGUCCAUUAAUAAUGGUACAACUUUUGGAAACAACACUAUUAACCUUAGUUAACUAUGCAAGUUUAAUGGCAACUAAUGCAGCCAGAUAUCGUAUGGUUGCUGGGAAACAUAUAACGUUGCUAGAAUUUGGCCUUCGAAGAGCUCAGGGUCCUGAUGGUGGCUUAAGUGCAUCUAAAUAUAGCUAUAUUGGUGGUUUUGAUGGUACAAGUAAUGUUUUGGCAGGAAAAUUGUAUAAUAUUCCUGUAAGUGGAACACAUGCACAUGCAUACAUUACAUCUUUUACUGGUAUUGAUGAUUUACAAGAGAAGACUUUGGCACAUAAAGAAACAGGAGAAGUUUAUGAUCUUCUACAAUUAGCUUACAAACAUCGGGAUGCAAUUGCUGCUGAUGUAAGAACACUAGUUUCUGAGGCUUCUAAUGGAGAGUUAGCUGCUUUGAUUAGUUAUGCCAUUGCUUUCCCACAACGAUUUGUUGCUCUUGUAGACACAUAUGAUGUGAAAAGCAUCGAAGCCUCGGCCAAGAGACAGGCAUGUAUAGCCAGCCUAAAUAUAAAGAAUAAACGUCUAACAAAUGGGUCCAAUACACAUGCCCAAAAUGGUGUCAGAAACAAUCCAAUUAUAUCAGAAUCAACUUCCCAUCACAAGAAUGGCUUUUUAAGACGAGGCGAAUUGGGUGAGCUCUAUGUGAGGAGUGGUCUUCUAAACUUUUGUGCAGUGGCACUAGCUCUAAAUGACUUGGGUUAUAAAGCAAUCGGUAUAAGAAUUGAUAGCGGUGACUUAGCAUAUUUAAGCAAUGCUGCCAGAGAUAUUUUUGAAAGAAUUGCCAUCAAGUACAACAUACCUUGGUUUUCAAAGUUGACGAUCUGUGCAUCAAAUGACAUUAAUGAAGAGACUAUUUUAAGUUUAAAUGAACAGAGUCAUAAGAUCGAUUGCUUUGGAAUUGGAACACAUUUGGUAACGUGUCAGAGGCAACCAGCAUUAGGUUGUGUUUAUAAAAUGGUUGAAAUUAAUGGUCAACCUAGAAUUAAACUCAGUCAGGAAGUUGGUAAAGUCACAAUUCCAGGAAAGAAAGACGCGUUUAGAUUAUAUGGAGCAGAUGGAUAUGCUUUAAUUGAUCUCUUACAAAGAUCGACGGAAGAAAUUCCACAAGUAAAACAAAAAGUCCUUUGUAGACAUCCUUUUCAAGAAUCAAAAAGAGCAUAUGUUAUUCCAUCGCGAGUUGAAUCACUGCAUAAGGUAUAUUGGAAGAACGGUAAAUUAUGUCAACCUUUACCUGCAUUACAAGAGAUACGAAAUAGAGUACAAGAAUCUUUAAAAACACUCAGAAAUGAUCACAAAAGAAAUUUAAAUCCUACACCAUAUAAAGUGGCUGUUAGUGAUGAUUUGUAUAAUUUUAUACACGAUUUGUGGUUACAAAAUGCACCUAUUGGUGAACUCUCGUGAAGCUGAGCAUAUAUCAUCAUUAGAAAGUAAUGAACAAAGACCAUGUAUAUGAAUGGCCUACCAUCACGUUAAGUUGGAAGUUUCAGAAGUUUAUUUUUUACACUACCUAAGAAACUUCUAAUUGUACAAGCACCAAUUUGACUGUAAUAGUGAUUGCGACACAAUAUGAGAAUUACUUAUCUAGAAAAAUGUGGUGGAAAAUUAUGAAAGGACAAGAGUCACGGGUAGGAAAAAUGUAGAAGAAAAACGGAUGUAAGAAAAGAUUGUAAAGAUUGACCCUGCAUAUGCUUAAUUGUUUAUUAUACUGUUUCACUGAGAGACGUUUAGGGUAAUCAACUUUCUGUGUCAUAAUUUGGGCUACUCUGAUUCGAGCUACUUUAUGUGAUCUUAUGCCGGUGGUUUUUUUACAAUCUAAGUUUGGAUUACU